CCCACUCGCUGUUUCAAUUAUUUAUACUCUCUCACCUCUGCAAAUCUCUGCACCCCUCACUCUCACAUUACUUUCUGUGUCCAUGGAAGGAAAAGCGAAAAAUGCCCUUCUCCUCUUUUCCUUCGCCAUUUUCCUUUCACUCUCCACCACUUCCUCAACCCCACUCCACUACCAGAUCCUGGUUCUGAACCCUCUCCCUAGCCAGCCCACUAUCUCAUGGCCAACCUCCGAUGUCGAUCCCGAUUCCGACUCAGAAACUCUCCCUGCAUCCGUCGCCACCGAAACAGAGUCCACCUUAUCCAUACAGUUACAUCACAUAGACGCAUUAUCCUUAAACAAAACCCCUCAGGAACUCUUCAGCCUGAGGCUUAACCGUGAUGCUUCGCGAGUCAAAGCUCUGUCCUCCCUUGCUGCCUCAGCAGCAGCAGCAGCCGGUGGGAGCGUCACAGGUGGGUUUAGCAGCUCCGUCAUAUCUGGCCUAGCGCAGGGUAGCGGCGAGUACUUCACGCGCAUAGGCGUGGGUACACCUCCCAGGUAUGUUUACAUGGUGCUGGAUACUGGAAGCGACGUCGUUUGGAUCCAAUGCGCCCCGUGUAAGAAAUGCUACUCUCAAUCUGACCCGGUUUUCGACCCGCGUCAAUCUAGAUCUUUCGUUGGGAUUCCGUGUGGGUCCCCCUUGUGCAAUAGGCUUGAUUCACCGGUCUGCAAUACUCAAAAGCAGACCUGCAUGUACCAAGUUUCCUACGGUGAUGGAUCUUUCACUUUGGGUGACUUCUCCACGGAAACGCUGACGUUUCGCCGAUCUAGAGUUGGACGUGUCGCGCUUGGAUGUGGCCACGAUAAUGAAGGCUUAUUCGUCGGUGCUGCGGGUUUGUUGGGACUUGGCCGGGGAAGGUUAUCUUUUCCCUCACAAACCGGUCGCCGGUUUAACCGGAAGUUUUCUUACUGUUUGGUAGACCGGUCUGCUUCUUCUAAACCAUCCUCUGUGGUUUUUGGAGACUCGGCCAUCUCUCGAACCGCCCGGUUCACCCCGUUGAUCUCAAAUCCCAAGCUAGACACUUUUUACUACGUUGAACUCCUGGGGAUCAGUGUCGGUGGCACGCGUGUUCCUGGCAUCACCGCAUCUCUAUUCAAACUCGAUCGAACUGGGAACGGCGGUGUGAUUAUCGAUUCGGGCACGUCCGUGACUCGUUUGACGCGACCCGCUUACAUAGCCCUUCGGGACGCUUUCCGCGUCCGAGCUACCAACUUAAAAAGGGCACCCGAUUUCUCUCUAUUCGACACGUGUUUUGAUUUGUCCGGGAAGACGGAGGUGAAAGUUCCAACAGUGGUGUUGCACUUUCGCGGUGCUGACGUGUCUUUGCCGGCGUCUAAUUAUCUGAUUCCUGUGGAUAGUAACGGGAGCUUUUGCUUUGCGUUUGCGGGUACAAUGAGCGGGUUGUCAAUAGUAGGGAAUAUUCAGCAACAGGGGUUCAGGGUCGUCUACGACUUGGCGGGCUCAAGGGUCGGGUUUGCUCCACGUGGGUGCGCCUAAACUCUGAAGGCGUAAUCAGUGGGCGUUGCGGUAAGGGACAAAAGGUUUUUUCCUUUUUUUUUUUUCUUCUAAUUAUUUUUUUUUUCCGUUUGUGGGUUGUCAGAAGGAGUGUAGGAUUUGGGAUGAUAUCCACCUGUUGGUUUUAUGUUGUAACUUAAAAACGACGGUAAAAUCGUUAUAUAAGUUCAAUUUUUAGCUUUUGAAUUAA